AGGAGCGUGUGUGGUAGUCUUUGUUCCUACACAAUCUUGCAGCACUGCAAAAGGACACAGGAUCACGCUUUGCAAUAAUUUAGCAUCUCACUCAACACACCUUAUGAAUGAGGAUAAAAAUUUCCAUUUCAUAAAAAGCCUUUGUAGACGGUCCUGUGUUUCAAUCCUUGAAAAUGAGCUGAAUGUGGAGAAUGAGCGCACACAUUCCUUGAUAUUUCACAAAUAUUUACCUACUGCUCCAACCAUAGUUUGGCUUAGAGUACCUUCACAACGGAAUAGGGGGAAUACUGGUGCUUUUACCAAAGUUGGGCUUGGUGGGAAGUUCUACGCUAGCCUACGGGAUUUAACGAGGACUUUCAAAUCGCAUUGCACUUUGCGGGUGUCAGGGGGAGAGAGAAGAAUGGAGAGCGCAGUGCAUGCUGGAUCUUGUAGUUCCGGCGCCCCCAGGAGAGGGCGUGGUGUCGCACGGCAUGCUGGGAGUUGAAGUUCAAUUGUCCAACGGAAACUCACGGCGGGCCUAGUGUGAUUUGUCUGAGACGCCGCUUCCAGGUGGGCACUCUCUCUCGGUCCUGCGCUUGCCGCAGUGAUGACUUAGCUUCUAGGAUGGCGAACAGAGGGAAAAAGGGUGGACGAGGGAAGCGGAGCAAGAGGCCUGGAGGCUGCCGCUACCGCCGCCGCCGGCGGAAGGCUCCGGAGCCGGAAGUAGCCCACCCGCCGGGUGGAGAAGAGGCGGUGCUGGGAUUACGGUGGCCGCGAGGGAGCGCGACGGCGGCCGGCCGCGGCGCCGAGGCGGGAGCGUCUGCGUGGUGUGGCGGCUGCCGUGGCGCUGGGACGUGUCCCGGGUCGGCGGCGCCGGCACGUUUUCACGCGUCUCCUUAUCUCGGUUGGGUGUUGAAAACAAAGACAUAUUUUAGUAGAAAUUCCCCUGUAUUACUGCUUGGAAAAUGUUACCAUUUUAAAUAUGAAGAUGAAAAUAAACUGUUACCUGCAAGAUCAGGAUGUACAAUAGAAGAUCAUAUAAUUGCAGGAAAUGUAGAAGAAUUUCGUAAAGAUUUUACUUCAAGGAUAUGGCUGACCUACAGGGAAGAAUUUCCUCAAAUAGAAGGCUCCACUUUGACGACGGACUGUGGUUGGGGCUGUACGUUAAGAACUGGCCAGAUGCUCUUGGCUCAAGGACUCAUACUACACUUUCUUGGUAGAGCUUGGACCUGGCCUGAUGCUUUGAACAUUGAAAAUUCAGACUUUGAAUCAUGGACUUCCAACACUGUAAAAAAAUUUACUGCAUCAUUUGAAGCAUCACUUUCAGAGGAAAGAGAACUCAAAACCCCAACAAUUUCUCUGAAGGAAACAAUCGGGAGAUAUUCUGAUGAUCACGAAAUGCGAAAUGAGAUUUAUCACAGGAAAAUCAUCUCUUGGUUUGGUGAUUCCCCCUUGGCCCUCUUUGGUUUACAUCAACUAAUAGAAUAUGGAAAGAAGUCUGGGAAAAAAGCUGGAGAUUGGUACGGACCAGCUGUGGUUGCUCACAUUUUAAGAAAAGCAGUUGAAGAAGCAAGACACCCUGAUUUACAAGGAAUAACGAUCUAUGUUGCACAGGAUUGUACAGUUUACAGUUCUGAUGUAAUUGAUAAACAGUGCGCUUCCAUGGCUUCUGAUCAUGCAGAUGACAAAGCUGUUAUUAUUCUAGUUCCUGUUAGACUUGGUGGAGAAAGAACCAACACCGACUACUUAGAUUUUGUAAAGGGUAUUUUAAGCCUUGAAUAUUGUGUGGGUAUUAUUGGUGGCAAACCUAAACAGUCAUAUUACUUUGCUGGAUUUCAAGAUGACAGUUUGAUUUACAUGGAUCCUCAUUACUGCCAAUCUUUUGUAGAUGUCAGCAUAAAGGAUUUCCCUCUUGAGACAUUCCACUGCCCUUCUCCCAAAAAGAUGUCAUUUCGAAAAAUGGAUCCUAGCUGUACAAUUGGAUUUUACUGUCGAAAUGUUCAGGACUUCAAACGAGCUUCUGAAGAAAUCACAAAGGUGCAGGAUUUGGCUAAAUGCGUUUGGGCUGUCAGCAUCCCUUCACCCCUUUCGCAAGAAGAGGCACGGAAAAACCUGCCUUGGGUGCUGGGGGAUCGGGUCUCAUCACUAACCGGCAGUGGGACCUCAGGCACGUCCCUCACUGGCCUGUGCCUGCAUGCCCCGUCUGUAGAGGGGGACGCCCUGACCCCUGGUCAUGUGGCAGAGGAGGGCACCUGGAACAAAAACGUCUAAUGCCAGACCUUUCUGUGACACGGGCAUGGAGCCUCUAGUAUUGUUUAAGACCGAACCAAGGAGAAACACAGGGACCGAGAGAGAGCACGCCAAUAUUAGCUAAACACGUUUAACGUUACGUUUUAAAGUCUUGCAGAUAGCGAAGGAGAGGGACAGGGAUUUGGCCCAAGUCUGGAUAUGUUGAGUGAAGUGGGCCUGAGUUCUAAUGUGGCUUCUGGCACUUACAGAUUCUGGGGAAAGUUACUUAACG